CAAGCUCAAGCCAAAGCCCGUACAGAAGGAAAAGGCCCAGAAUAUCAUCUCCCUUCCCCUCCAGUGUUCGUGGCUUCUCUGUCAUCUCUCCAGCGACCGCGAUCACAUUUUCCUGGCUAGCGAGGAGGAGAAGAAGAAGAAGAACGAUGAAAGUGGCAUCGCAAAUAGUUCUCCUGUUCAAGGACAAAGAUGGGUUCGCCGCAGCAAUCUCAGAAGGUCUGAAUCCCAACCCUAGCUCGGGAUUCAGAAGACUAGAAGAGUCGCUCGAGCUUCCGCUGGAUGGUUAUGGAGUGAAGGGUCAGAAAGCUUGUGGCGAUUUUGUUCAUUUCGUCGACAAUCAGGGCAAUUAUGAGGUAUCCUUGUUACUUCUGGAGAAGUAUGAGCCGCCAAUCUUGGCCUGCGCCCUGAACGAAGUUCUAGCAAACAUAACCAAGGGAGCAUCUGCAUCUCUACCCACAUUUAUUGUUCCAUUCACUGGAGCAUCGAAGCUAAAGUGGGAGCUGAAAGCCCUUCCUCCAAACAAAGGUCAGGUUAAGCUCUACAGCAUUCAAAUUGGUCCCGGAACCGGUUCAUCAAAGAAGAUCACCAGCAGAACAGAAAUGGCGCCAGCGUCUUUCCACAUCCAGUACGAGCCUUUGGCCUGCUUCAUUCACCUGGCUCGCGUGUUGAAACUUCCCACUUCUGUUGUCUUUGGCCACCAAGCUUCUGAGGAUGAACUUCAGGCACUCUACCAGAUUGGGGAUCUAUUGGCAAACAGCACAGGGUUGUGUUUCUUGAAGGAGAAGAUUUCUUGGAAUCCAAUGGAGAUGUCGAAAGAUAGCAAGGAGCCUUGGCGUGCACUCUAUGGUUGAAUCUGAACCAUAUGUUUUUGCACAUUGGCUUUCAUGGUAGUUAAUCUAGAUGAUAUAUACAAAGACGAGAACGCUAAAGAACUGCAGUGAGGAUUCUUCAUAAUGAGUGACAUGUAUGCAUCAAUCUAUCUGAACGUCUUAUGGCUCGAGGUGUUAAUGUUGGGAUUUGCAAUUUUGAUCUCUGGGAUCUGCAAGAGGAAGUUAGAAUAUGCUCUUCAUCUCUGAUUGCGUGAUGUCACAUUGAAAUGCAUCAUUUUAAUCCUCACCGGACCAGAUUCCAAUUUCCAGCUUCUGUCCCCGUUUUCGUUCUAACUUGUGGCGGUCACUAAUCACUAUACUACCUUCUUUCGUUUGCAUUCUUUUGGUUAAUUGAGUCGAUGGGUGGAUUAUAGUUGUUUUCCUCCAUUCUUUUUAUUUUUGGUUAUUAACCUCAUGAGGAACAGAUUGAGAUUACGAUUCAAGCAUCGCAACUUCUCCUACCAAGGGUUAGAGUUGUCCUUAUUGAUCAGGUUGGGGCACAAAAUAAUCUCCAAAACAAACCUCCACUAAAUCA